AUUGCUCACCCUUUAGUUGCAUUGCAUUCAUGUGCAUUACAACAAAAGGAGCCACAACGCUGAAACAAGAAAACUAAAGAGUCAAUCUAUCUCCAUUCGAUUGGAUUAAAUGAAAAUGCCGUGUUGGUGGUCGUCCAAAUCUUUCGACCAAGCAAAACCGUAUCUGGGUGUGAUCUUAAUGCAGUUCUGCUCGGCUGGGAGCUCCAUCAUCUCAAAGUUAGCUCUCAACCAAGGCAUGAGCCAGAAUGUGUUUGUUGUCUACAGAUACGCCAUUGCCACUGCUGCGAUUGCCCCCUUCGCGUUUUUCGUCGAUAGGAAGGUGAGGCCAAAGAUGACACUAGGGAUCUUCUUCAAGAUAGCACUCCUAGCUUUCCUAGAGCCAGUGGUUGAUCAGAACUUGUACUACACUGCAAUGAAGUACACCACUGCGACAUUCGCAUCUUCGAUGAUCAGUAUCAUGCCGGCCUUUGCAUUCCUCAUGGCUUGGGCCUUGGGGCUGGAGAGAGUUAACUUGAGGAAGUUUCACAGCCACGCAAAGAUAAUGGGCACCAUAGUGACAGUUGGUGGAGCCAUGGUGAUGGCUUCCGUUAAAGGGGCUAGGUUUGAUCUACCAUGGACCAAAGGAGUUCUUGACCAUUCCUCUUCUUCUUCAGUGGCGCCAGAGCACCCUAUUAGGGGUGCUCUCAUGAUCGCAAUCGGCUGCGUUUGCUGGGCUGGUUUUGUCAAUCUCCAAGCAAUCACAUUGAAAUCGUACCCCGGAAAGCUGUCCCUAACGGCUCUAAUAUGCAUGAUGGGAGCAAUGGAGGGAUCGGUUGUGGCAGUUGGUCUGGAGUGGAAGAAUCCCUCAGCAUGGAAAAUUGGUUUCGACACCAAGUUACUAGCUGCAUUUUAUAGUGGGAUCAUGUCGUCAGGAGUACUGUACUCGAUUCAAGGACUGGUGAUGCAGAGAAAGGGACCGGUUUUCGUGACGGCUUUCAGCCCUUUGGUCAUGGUGAUCGUGGCCAUCUUGGGUUCCCUUUUCUUGUCUGAGAUUCUUUACUUGGGGAGGGUAUUGGGAGCAGUGGUGAUAGUGACAGGAUUGUACUUGGUGCUGUGGGGGAAGACUGGAGAUGACGAGAAAGGCAGCAGUGGUGGCAGUACUACAAUUAACGACAAAUUAGUGGCUGCUGAUCAUCUCCCCAUUGCUGCUGCUGAUUCAUCAGUGGAAGCCACGAAUGUAGAGAAGAUAGAAAGCAAGCAAAAACAAAUCAAUGGUGGGGAAGGGUUUGUUUCCAUUGAGCUACCCAAGAUCUGAUGUAAAGAAAGGACUGAAUAAAAAAACAGAGGAAGGAAGACAGGGGAGAAGGAGUCCUCUGUUUUGUACUCUGCCUGGGAUGGUGGGAGUGAAGUCCCAUAUUCUCUGCCCCUUUCUCGAUUCAGGGGAGCAGAAAGAACUUCACUCCGUGUAGAGCUAUUAAUGAGCUGAGCUAUCGUGAGCGGUUCGGUGUUCAACUCAAUAAAAGCUCAUUCGGUUCAGCCUUGUUCAGCUCUUGAGACUUAUGAACAAGUUCGAUUAAGUGGUUUAUUGAGUUCAACUCAUGCAUUGUCUCGUUUUGAGCACAUGAGAUGUCUCAACAUUUUAACUAUCGAGCCAGCUCGACUACAACUUAUAAGAAAAUCGAUCUAUAUCUUACGAGUUGGUUUGUUGAUGAUAUAUAGAUUUAUUAAAUUGUAUAUCUCACCUCAUAGGAUGUGAGUAAAUAUGUCUCAUAUAUGACAUAAGAUCAGUUAAUCACAUGCAUCAUAUAUGACAUAUAAAUAUUUGGGUAUUUAAUAAAUUAUCUUAGAGUUG